AUGUCGGACGAAGGGAGUCUGCUCUCCCUCCUGCGCGAGCUGGAGCCCCUUUUCGCUGCUGGGGGGACCCCCAAUACCUUGGAACUUACGAGGGCUCAUCCCGAGUGGGGUUCCCAUGAGAGGGUCCUAGGCCUGUGCAAGUCGCUUCAAGCACGGGAGUACAUCCAGCUGACGCAAAGAGAGAAGACAGUGUGGCUCCUCACGCCCGAGGGGGAGAGUUAUGCCGAAAAAGGCAUGCCUGAGACCAACCUCCUGCGAUGGAUGCAGCUAAACCCGCAAGUAUGCUCCGAAAGCUCCAGUCUCGAACCGUCGGGGGAAGGGGGAUAUGAGCUGGAUGCACUCAAACGCAGUUUCGGGGCUGAAACAGAUGUUGCCCUGGCGAAUGCAAUGAAACUCGGAUGGUGCAAAUUCGACAAGCAAACCAAGAGGGUGCAGCCACAGCAGAACGACUCUCCCCAGGCAGCGCCUCAGGGAAUGCCCGAAGCCAUUGACAAGGGCCAGAGCAUCUUGAAAGCCAUCAGAGAGUGGCGCGAAAAGGAUCAAGAAACCGUGGAAGAUACGGAAGAGCUGCUGCUGGAUGCACUGCGCACCAUCGAGCCCGCAAAACAACCGGACAAACUCUUGCAGGUUGGGUGUUUUUUUGUAGCCUUCUCUGCGAAUGAGCUGAAGAAGCGGAAGCUCGUCGAAACAAAGAGGCUGAAAUUCUUCGCCCUUGCGAAGGCAGCGAAUUUCAAAACGGAGCUCCAGAAGCCUCUGGCAGAUUUGACAGCGAAGUGCAUCGCCAGCGAUCAGUGGAAGCAACAAGAGUUGAAGCCAUACAACUUCUUCGCCUGCGGCACCAAACUGCGGCGAGGCGCCCCACACCCGCUCAUGUUGGUGCAGAAGCAGUUCAAGCAUGUCCUUACGGCCAUGGGCUUCCAGGAAAUGGACACCAAUCAGUUCGUGGAGAAUUCCUUCUGGUGCUUCGACGCCCUCUACAUGCCUCAGCAGCACCCCGCAAGAGACGCGCAAGAUACAUUCUUCAUCAAGAGCCCCGAGCGCAGCCAUCCCUCGAUGCUGCCUGAGCAAGUAGUCUCGGAUGUGCGCGUCAUGCACGAACAAGGCGGAUGCGGCUCCACAGGAUGGAAGUAUACUUGGUCUUUGGAUGAAGCCACCAAAAACAUUAUGCGAACUCACACCACUGCCGUCUCUGCUCGAAUGUUGCACCAGAUGGCUAAGGAGUACAAGCAGACGGGCGUGUUCACACCUCGGAAGCUUUUUUCGAUUGACCGAGUGUUUCGCAAUGAAUCUCUCGACGCAACACACCUGGCGGAGUUUCACCAGGUGGAGGGAGUUGUUGCGGGUUACGGCCUUUCUCUGGGGCACCUCAUGGGCGUAAUGCGCACGUUCUACACGGCUAUCGGCAUCGAGGAACUACGAUUCAAGCCAACAUUCAAUCCCUAUACGGAGCCGUCCAUGGAGAUAUUUGGCUUUCAUACAGGCCUUCGCCGGUGGAUCGAGGUUGGCAACAGCGGAAUGUUCCGUCCGGAGAUGCUCCGGCCCCUAGGCCUCCCGGAGGAUGUUGUUGUAAUUGCAUGGGGGCUCUCUCUCGAGCGGCCUACAAUGAUCAAAUAUGGCCUCAGCAAUAUCCGAGAGCUCUUCGGGCACAAGGCCCUUUUAGGGGGAUUUAGGGAUGCCGCUCAGGGCUCGGGUAGGGGAUUAUCAAAGUGCAACGCUACAGAAGACGGUAUACUAAAUAGAUCGGUGUCCUUGAACGCUGCUAAAGGUGGUCUGCAAGCAACAUUUUAA